UGGGCUUAGUCCGGAUCCCUGACCCAAAUCCAAGGCCCGUAAUAUUUGCUCGACCCGAAAAGCAGCUCCAAAUCAAGCUAACAACAAAUCAGCAUAACCAUCUAGCAAACAACACUUGUAGGCAGAUUUUGCCAGUGAUCGGAAAUGGAGAAUUCAUCUAACCUAACCUCGCUUCCGGAAGAGGAAUCUCAAAAUGGCGUCCCUGCACCGGCGAAUAUCAGCAAAUUACCAUCUGCCUUUUCCGUUAAACCUGAUCGUCCUCCAAUUCAGUUUUCAUCACAAAAAUAUGUACCUUUAGAAUGGUCUAGCUACUUUGACCAAGAAGAUGAUGUUUCCAUCCCGGGCUCAGAUAAUGUUUUUCACAUCUAUAAGGCUGGAACUGAGGGUCCAGUUGUUUUCUGUCUGCAUGGUGGGGGUUAUUCAGGGCUAUCAUUUGCUCUGUCAGCAAGUAAAAUAAAAGAAAAAGCUCGGCUAGUAGCCCUGGAUUUCCGGGGACAUGGGAAGUCAUUCACUGAGAAUGAUCUCGAUCUAUCUAUUGAGACUCUCUGCAACGAUGUACUGGCUGUUUUGAAGACGAUGUAUGCGGAUUCCCCUCCAGCAAUUGUGCUUGUCGGCCACAGUAUGGGAGGCUCAGUUGCUGUGCAUGUCGCUGCAAAGAAGGUGCUUCCUAGCUUGGCUGGCUUAAUUGUCGUGGAUGUUGUUGAGGGAACAGCAAUGGCUUCAUUGAUCCAUAUGCAGAAGAUUUUAUCAAAUCGAGUGCAGCAUUUCUCGACCAUUGAGAAAGCGAUUGAAUGGAGUGUCAAAGGAGGCUCUUUGAGAAACAUUGAAUCUGCUUGUGUCUCUAUUCCCAGCACAUUAAUAUAUGAUGAUUCAAGAAAGUGUUAUGCCCACCGAGCUAGACUGGAAGAAACUGAGCAGUAUUGGAGAGGCUGGUAUGAAGGCCUUUCAGAAAAGUUUUUGUCAAGUCCUGUACCAAAACUCUUGCUUUUGGCAGGGACUGAUCGACUAGACAGAACUCUCACCAUAGGUCAAAUGCAAGGGAAGUUCCAAAUGGUGGUUGUCAGACAUACAGGCCAUGCCAUUCAGGAGGAUGUACCUGAUGAAUUUGCUAAUCUGGUUCUCAAUUUUGUUUCUCGCAAUAGAAUAGGCCCUCAUGGAGUUGAGAUUCCAGGAAUUCGCCGCGCAUCACAACAAAAAAUGGAGAAUUGAAAUAAAGAAAGAGAACUCAUUAUGGUGCUGUUACCAAAAUAUUGGGAUUUAUUGCACUGGAUCUGUAACUAGGGUUUUUUUCUUCUUUUUCGAAUUUCGAGGUUUAUGAAGGGGUAAUUGCUUGUUAACUGGAAAUGAACUGGUUGUGAACUAUUUCAAGAUUUUGUAAAUGAGCCAGAGGCAUAUUCCUCUCUUUUUUUCUUUUAACAUACUUAUAUAUCACAAGUAUUCUGCCCCUGA